AAUCCAAGCACAGUCGAUGCCAGUUCCAGUUUGGUCUGCGGCGGUCGUUUGUCGGCAAGCGCAAAUUCAUUCUACACAAUUUAGUGUGUAACUGCUUUAACGUGGAAUCUUAUUGCAAUGUCAUCAGAUAGUUCCGACGAAGAGGAAUCUGCCAGGCUACGAGAAGCAGCUGUUUCGUCAUCCUCGUUGAAGAGCAAAGCUUCUCGCAUGAGAGGGGAAGACAACGAAAAUUUUGAGUACAAGGAAUAUAUACAGAAAUGUCUGUUUGAAAAUAUUGAGAAGCAGAUUCUUGAAGUUCGAGGAGAUGAACCCCCUUGUAAAGGCACCGUAGAUUCAGGAAUCAGACUACUUUCUGACUCAACGGUGGACCUGGAUCCCACAUCCACCUCGACAGAGACAGCUUCUACGUGCAGAAAACGUCCGAAGCUGACCAGCGUGCCAGAAGCUACAGAAGAAAUGCUUGCCUCAGUAGCAGUGACGCCAGAGUGGGUCAUGAAGCAAUCUGGAACGCAUCCACCAGCCAAGGAAAGUACAGAUCACAUUAAACAUAAAAAGCGCAAGAAGAAAAAGGCGAAAUGUAAGGAAGAGACUACGUAAGCUAUAAAGGUACUCCCACGUGUGA